AUGGCAAAAGAUAGCCGCCGAAUCCCACAAGGGGGAAAAGUCCUCGUAACUGGCGCAAAUGGGUACAUCGCGUCGCACAUUGUCGAUGUCCUCCUCGAGGAGGGCUACAACGUGCGCGGCAGCGUGCGGAGCGAAAGACCCUGGCUCAACAAACUCUUCGAGGGCAGACACGGCAAGGGUAGAUUUGAGACGGUCAUUGUGACGGCCUUGAAUGCUGAUGGCGCUUUCGACGAGGCUGUCCAGGGUGUUUCGGGGAUCAUUCAUGUGGCGACAGAUCUCUCCGACGUGGACGUCGUGAUCCCUGGCGUCGUUGCUGGCACCGUCAACCUCCUCAAGGCGGCAGCCGCGCAGCAGUCUGUCAAGAGCUUCGUCCUGACGUCGUCGUCUACCGCUGCUCUGAUGCUUCAGGAACACAAACGAAUAACUGUCGAUGAGAACACCUGGAAUGACUCGGACGUGGAAGCCGCGUAUCGCAAAGAUAACCCUGAAGAGCUGAAACCCUACUUUGUCUAUGCCGCCUCGAAGACGCUGCAGGAGCGUGAGUUUUGGAAAUGGGCAAAAGAGAACAAUGCGAGCUUCUCGGUUAACAGCGUCUUACCCGACAUGAACUUUGGUGAGAUCUUGUCGCCAGAAAUCCCGGGUAAUACAAUGGCUUGGCCCCGUGAGCUCCUGAAGGGCAACGACUAUUUGCCCAAAAAGUUCCUACCACAAUGGUACGUCAAUGUCCGAGACGACGCUCGAGUCCAUGUUGCGGCGUUGCUUGAUCCGAAAGUCGAGAACGAACGGCUUUUCGCGUUUGCAGGACCCUUCAACUGGACCGAUGUCAUCAAUAUCUUGACCAAGCUCCGGCCGGAUAACGACAAAAUCCCCAACCCUCCACCGAAUAAUGGCCGUCCCUUGACUGAUAUCAAGGGGAGGAAGAGGGCAGAAGAUCUCAUCAAAUCAUUCUUCGGCGUGGCUGGGUGGACGAGCUUGGAGGAUAGUCUCGCCGCGGGCAUUGUGGACUUGAAGUAG